AUGCACUUCUAUCAGCUCAGCCCUUCUUGUAAGGAAGCAGAAGCAACACUUUACAGAUCGCCAGAGCUAUCCUUGUGUGAGGUCGAGGAGACGCGUUGUGAGAUUGAGGAUACCACGGAUAUCAUGGACAUGGACAUGGAUGUUAGUCCUGCUUCUGAUCAGAUGGAAGUUAAUAGUGAUGAUGAUGGUUAUGGUGGCGGUGACAUCCCCUUCCAUACUCCCCACAACCACACCACCCUUCAACAACUGCAGAAGCAGAAGCGAAAGAGAAAAAUGCUCAUCCCUGUCACCUUCAACCCAACCCUAACCCCAACCACCGGCACCGCGAGCAAUCAUACACUGCGCAUAACAAAACCACGAGGCUUCUUCAGGCGUGAACCGCUCUCGUUGCCGGCCAUGCGGUUGAGAGAGAAGUGGAAGGAGAGUGUUAGUGUUAGGGCUGAGACUGCGUUGUGGUCUGGAUUCGAGUUUGGGAGUGGGUUCGGGUUUGGGGUGAUUCAGACUGGGACUGGCUUUGGAACUGGGGCUGUUGAUGGUGUUGGAUCUGGACGAGGACAAGGGGGACAAGGGCAAGUGAGGAGGUUUUAUCGGGGGAGGGAGAUUGGACAUGGCUUGCCUUACUGA